CUCUCUCUCUCUAGAUCAGUUAUUUUUGAUCGGCCAUCUUCUGGCUGAGCUUUUCUUAUAUUCUGUGGGGAGAUUUGGUUUUAAACAUUUCCAUCUGGGGCUCCUUUGGGUCAUUUAUUUUCAAACUCUUUAAGACACAACCAUGGGAUCCAAGCAAGUCCUAGUCACUUACAAGAGAGUGUUUCACAGACUAAGAUGGAUGGUAGCUUUGAUUGUGAUUGUGGUGAGCUGGAGCCACCUGAUCAUUAACUAACAGCAUCCCUGCAACACACACAAACAUAAAAGGUCCCCUCUUCCUUAGCGAACGAGACUGUAAAACAGAGGUGGAGAAGAGGAAGAUCACCCUUAGAAUGAAGCUGCUCAGGAUCAGUCCAACACUGAAUGUAUCUGCACUGUGAGGAGGAUGUUAACGCAAGCCUAUUACAUGCCUAUUUAUUCACAUUUUUGUUAAAUGUUGACCAGUUUGGCACAGUAGAGCGAAGGGCAUAAGAUGCCACUUCGUUCCAUUUGAUUUUACCCGGCGUUUCCUUUGGAUGUCUGCGGAUGUGCUGCACCUUCCUUCGAACUAUGAAUGCUGCGAUCUCUUUCUCUCUACUCAGCCUGAUCUGUAAAGCGUGUUAAGUUCUUAAUUCUAAAAGGGGAAACCAUCAAGCCUGACUGGCUGACCCUGGAAUGAGAGCCCCAAGAAGCCACCCAGCAGUCAACCUGGCCUUCUUCUAUUCUACAAGAGCCCGGCAGUCCACCAGUGGAAGCAUCUCUCUAUACUUGUAGGAGCGGUAAUAGUUUUAAGAGGGAGGAAAAAGGAUACGGAUUCUUUUUCUUUCUUUCUUUCUUUUCUUUCUUUUUAAGCAAAAAGAUGGCAGAGAAGUUCGAAAGUCUGAUGAACAUUCAUGGCUUCGAUGUAGGUUCUCGGUAUAUGGACUUAAAACCCCUGGGCUGUGGUGGCAACGGCUUGGUUUUUUCUGCCGUCGACAACGAUUGUGACAAGAGAGUGGCCGUCAAGAAGAUCGUCCUCUCCGAUCCUCAGAGCGUCAAGCAUGCUCUGCGGGAGAUCAAAAUUAUCCGGAGGCUCGACCACGAUAACAUUGUCAAAGUUUUUGAAAUCCUUGGCCCCAACGGGAGCCAGCUGACCGAUGACGUUGGCUCUCUGACAGAACUGAACUGUGUUUACAUUGUCCAAGAGUACAUGGAGACCGACCUGGCGAACCUGGUGGAGCAGGGGCCCUUACUGGAAGAACACGCUCGGCUCUUCAUGUACCAGCUGCUACGGGGGCUCAAGUAUAUUCACUCGGCCAACGUCCUGCAUAGAGACCUCAAACCAGCAAACCUGUUCAUUAAUACGGAAGACUUGGUGCUGAAAAUCGGGGACUUUGGCCUUGCGCGGAUCAUGGAUCCUCAUUAUUCUCAUAAGGGUCAUCUUUCUGAAGGACUAGUAACUAAAUGGUACAGAUCACCUCGCCUCUUGCUAUCACCCAACAACUACACCAAAGCCAUUGAUAUGUGGGCUGCAGGCUGCAUCUUUGCUGAAAUGCUGACAGGCAAAACUCUCUUUGCAGGCGCCCAUGAACUUGAACAGAUGCAGCUGAUUUUGGAAUCUAUUCCCGUUGUGCAUGAGGAGGACCGUCAGGAACUUCUUAGUGUAAUCCCAGUUUACAUUAAAAACGACAUGACUGAGCCACACAGACCUUUAACUCAGCUGCUCCCAGGCAUUAGCCCCGAAGCUUUGGACUUCCUGGAACAAAUACUGACCUUCAGUCCCAUGGACCGAUUGACAGCAGAAGAAGCCUUAUCUCACCCUUACAUGAGUAUUUAUUCCUUCCCAACUGACGAGCCCAUUUCAAGUCACCCUUUCCACAUUGAGGAUGAAGUGGAUGACAUUGUGCUGAUGGAUGAAAGUCACAGCCACAUCUAUAACUGGGAAAGGUAUCACGAGAGCCAGUUCUCAGACCAUGAAUGGCCUGUUCAUAACAACUUUGAAGCUGAUGAAGUUCAGCGAGAUCCGAGGGCUCUUUCGGACGGGACCGACGAGGAGGAAGUCCAAGUAGACCCGCGGAAAUAUUUGGAUGGCGAUCGCGAAAAGUACCUAGAAGAUCCGGCUUUUGAUACCCACUUCUCCACCGAGCCUGGUUGGCCGUACCCAGAUCACCACGAAAACAAGUAUUGUGAUCUGGAAUGUAACCAUACGUGUAAUUACAAAAUGAGGUCCUCUUCCUAUCUAGAUAACUUAGUCUGGAGAGAAAGCGAGGUCAACCAUUACUAUGAGCCCAAGCUUAUCAUAGACCUUUCCAACUGGAAGGAGCAGAGUAAAGAGAAGUCAGAUAAAAAAGGCAAGUCCAAGUGUGAGAAGAAUGGAUGGGUGAAAGCUCAGAUAGCUCUCAAAGAAGCUUCCCAGCAGCUGGCGGGAAAGGAGAAGAGUCAAGGCUUUGACUUUGAUUCGUUCAUAGCGGGAACAAUUCAGCUUAGCUUGCAGCACGAGCCGACCGCGGUCGACAAGUUGAACGGCCUCAAUAGCUCCGUGUCCCACCUAGAAUCCAAAGGCCUGUCUAAAUCGGUCAGUCGAGAGAAACAGCAGAAAGGAAUGGCUAACUUGGCCCAACUGGAGGCCCUCUACCAAAACUCCUGGGAGGGUCAGCUGGUCAGCGGCGGGGAAGAGUGCUUCCUCAUAGAUCAGUUUUGUUGCGAAGUCAGGAAGGAUGAGCAGAUGGAGAAAGAGAACCCCUACCCCAGUUAUCUCGACAGGUUCUUUAGCAAGAAAGACCCCGAGAUGCUAGAAGCUGAGCCAGCCGAAGAUGGAAAACCUGGGGAGAAAGAGAGAGAGGGGAAUUUCCUGAGUAAUAGCGGAGAAUUUCUCUUUAACAAGCACCUUGAAGCUAUUGCGAUUCCCCAGUUUCCCACCCCUGUUGGCUCACCCCUUAAGUCCUUGCAGGCUACCCUCACCCCUUCUCCUAUGAAGUCAUCUCCUCAGAUCCCCCAUAAGACCUACAGCAGCAUUCUGAAACACCUAAACUAAACAGCAGACAUUUCUCUCUUUUUUUUUUGUACUCGCGAAAUGUGUUCCUUUUUAUUAUUAUUAUUAUUAUUAUCCUUAUCCUAAGUAGUCUUUUUUUUUUACUUGAAAUCAAAUGAUGUAACUUCGCUAUGGAUUUCCUUAGUUUUUCUGUUUACCAUUGUUUUUAAACGAUCCGAAAUUCCUUUUUCUUAACAUGACGAUGUUUUGUUAAAACCGGCAUGUCGUUUGCACACAAGGGUA